ACCUUGGAGGCUUGACCCUCCUCCCCGGGGCCUGGAUCUCCCAUCCAGCAGGCGGGGCUGCGGGCAGGUGAGCGGCAGAGAUGCCCCGGCAGGCCCGUGCAUGGCUGCCUCCCGCUCUGCUGCUUCUCUGGACCCCAGGCUGUUGGUCUCUGAGCGGCCCCAAGUCCGUGAUGGGCACUGUCGGGGGAUCCCUGAGUGUGCAGUGUCAGUAUGCGGAGAACUUCGCAAAAAAUAACAAAUACUGGUGCAGGAACUCAUGCUUGUCACCGUGGAAGAUUGUGGAGACCACAGGGUCAGAGAGAGCAGGGCGGAAAGGCCGCGUAUCCAUCAGGGACCAUCCUGCAAACCUCACCUUCACAGUGACCAUGGAAAGCCUCACGGAGGGGGAUGCAGGCACCUACUGGUGUGGGAUCGAUACACCAUGGCUUGACAGAUUUGUGCGAGACCCAACCUUCCAGGUUGUGGUGUCUGUGAUCCCAGCAGCAACGACAGCCCCGCCCAUGGGUGUCCCCAGCAAGGCCACGAGCCCGACAACCACAACAGCACUUACAGUUAUGUCAUCCCCUGCCCCCGAUGGAGGGAAUGUCACCCACCAUGCAAGCAACCGGAAGGAAUUCCAGCAGAAGCAGGGCCUCAGCCUCCAAGUGCUACUCCCCUUGUCAGCGAUCCUGCUGCUCCUGCUGGGGGGAAGCACGCUGCUGGCCUGGAGGAUGGUUCAGAGACGCGCCAAAGGUGAGAAUCAGCAGCCUCCCCAGAACUCCAGUCAGGCUGCCAAGCACACUGAGCCAUGCUAUGCAAAUCUGGAGCUGCAGAUGAGGUCCCUGGGGGCACAGCCCAUGCAACCGAUGCAGCCAGAGGUGGAAUACAGCAUAGUGAGGGCCCCCAGGGAAGAACUUCACUACACCUCAGUGGCAUUUGACUUUCAGAGUCAGGAUUCCAAGGCCAGCAGGAUUCGCUCCCAGAAGGCCCCAGCACUGGAGCCCGAGUACAGUGUGAUUAAGAAGACCUCUGUGUGUGGAGGGCAGGAGCUCAGUCCUAUUUGGCUCCCGGAAAAGAACGUGACUCACGUAGGAUGGUACCUACGAAUCGCUGUGUAAAUCACAGCCCCGUGGAAAAGUCCAGGAUUGCUGGGAAAGUAGGGAGAACCGGCAGAGAGCCAGAAAGAUGCAAAGGCACCAAGACUGGUCUCCUUUAAGCCACAGACAAGGCAGCUGAAGCCCAGAGGAAGCAAAGGCUUGCCCGUGGCUCCAGAACCAGAGGCACAUUCCUUUGGACUUCUUUUAAUAUGACAGAUAUCAAUGGAGUUUAAAAUAUCUUAAGACAGGAGAAAAAAAGUUAUUUAAACAAUGCCUGCUAUGUGUCUACAAUUCUCUAUUAAAGAAAAUUGCUUCCUUUCAAA